AUGGCUGGUUCAGUUUCCGGCGAUGCAGAAACACCAAUGCCAGAAGAAUCAACAUCCAAACGCCGUGGUGGUGGUUGGAUCACCUUUCCGUUUAUGAUAGCUACGUUGUUAGGCCUGACGAUAGCUGCGUGGGGUUGGUUACUUAACUUGAUCGUCUACCUGAUUGAGGAAUUCAACGUGAAGAGCAUCGCAGCGGCUCAGAUUUCAAACAUUGUUAGUGGUUGUAUCUGUAUGGUCCCAGCCAUUGGAGCCAUUGCUGCUGACUCUUUCUUUGGAACCAUCCCUGUUAUCUCAGUUUCAGCUUUCAUUUCUCUUAUGGGCGUAGCUCUGCUGACUCUAACCGCUUCUCUUGACUCCUUGAGACCAACACCAUGUGAAACAGCUUCAAGCCUAUGCCAAUCACCUUCAAAGAUCCAGCUCGGUGUCCUUUACACGGCCAUAACUCUAGGCUCUAUAGGAACAGGUGGAACACGAUUCACUUUAGCAACCGCUGGUGCGAACCAGUACGAAAAAGCUGAAGACCAAGGCAGUUUUUUCAACUGGUUUUUCUUCACAACGUAUCUAGCCGGAGCUAUAAGUGCAACAGCCAUUGUCUACUCUGAAGACAACAUCAGCUGGACCUUCGGGUUUGGUCUGUGCGUAGCUGCUAAUCUCUUUAGCUUUUUGGUUUUCAUCUUGGGGAGAAGAUUCUACAAACAUGACAAACCUUUAGGAAGUCCCUUCACAAGUCUACUCUGCGUCGUCGUCGCUGCAGUACUCAAAAGAAAAGCUGUGGUCUCCACCAACGAGAAAGAUUACCACAAUGAUUUAACAGCAGUUCCCACAAAGAGUUUGAGGUUCUUUAACCGUGCAGCGAUGAAACAAGAAGACGAAGUUAAGCCAGACGGCACAAUUCGCAACCAGUGGAGACUAUGCAGCGUUCAACAAGUUGAAGAUUUCAAAGCAGUCAUAAGAAUCAUCCCUCUUGCCUUAGCCACUAUCUUCUUGAGCACUCCAAUCGCAACGCAGCUAAGCUUAACAGUUCUUCAAGGUCUGGUCAUGGACAGGAGGCUUGGUUCUAACUUCAAGAUCCCUGCAGGCUCUCUCCAAGUCAUUACACUUCUCUCCACUUGCCUGUUUAUCAUAGUCAACGAUCGGUUUCUCUACCCGUUUUACAGAAAGCUAACCGGAAAGUUCCUCACACCGCUCCAACGAGUCGGGAUAGGCCACGUUUUCAACAUUCUAAGCAUGGCCGUGACUGCAAUAGUCGAAGCAAAGCGAUUAAAGAUAGUAGAGAACGGUCAUUUUCUUGAGUCAUCAUCUAUUGCUGACAUGUCUGUCUUAUGGCUAUUUCCUCCUCUGGUAAUAGUUGGAAUCGGAGAGGCUUUUCAUUUCCCAGGGAAUGUAGCUCUGUGCUAUCAAGAAUUUCCAGAGUCGAUGAGGAGCACAGCGACAUCGAUUACUUCGGUGGUGAUUGGGAUAUGUUUCUACACGAGCACUGCUAUAAUCGAUCUGAUUCAGAGGACCACUGAGUGGUUACCAGAUGAUAUAAACCAUGGAAGAGUUGAUAAUGUGUACUGGGUUUUAGUCAUAGGAGGAGUCUUGAAUCUUGUCUAUUUUCUUGUGUUUCUCAACGAUGCAGAAGCACGGACGUCAGCAGAUUCUAGCACCAAACACCGCCGGGGAGGAGGUUGGAUCACCUUUCCGUUUAUGAUAGCUACGUUGUUCUUCCUGUCAAUAUCUGUUUUGGGUUGGUUAUCCAACUUGAUCGUCUUCCUCAUUGAGGAAUUCAACAUGAAGAGCAUCGCGGCUGCUCAGGUUGCCAACAUCGUCAAUGGUUGUAUCUUCAUGUUUCCAGUGCUUGGAGCCAUUGCAUCUGACUCUUUCUUCGGAACCAUUCCUGUUAUCUCAGUUUCCGCUUUCAUUUCUCUAAUGGGAGUUUUUCUGCUGACUCUAACCGUAUCGCUCGACUCUCUAAGACCUAAGCCCUGCGAAAAAGCUUCAAGCCUAUGUCAACCCCUGUCGAAUACUCAGCUCGGAGUUCUUUACACGGCCAUUACUCUAGCAUCUGUGGGAGCAGGUGGGUGGAGGUUCACUUUAGCAACCGCUGGUGCGAACCAGUUUGAGAAAACUAAAGACCAAGGCAGCUUUUUCAACUGGUUUUUUUUUCACAUGGUACUUAACCGCCGCUAUGAGUACAACCGCCGUUGUCUACGCCGAAGAAAACAUCAGCUGGAGUUUCGGCCCUUGGGAAGUCCCUUCACAAGUCUGCUCCGCGUCGUUUUCGCCGCAGUACACAAAAGAAAAGCUGUGGUUUCCACCAACGAGAAAGACUACCACCACCGUGAGUCAGCCGCAACGCCCACAAAGAGUUUCAGGUUCUUUAACCGCGCAGCGUUGAAACAAGAAGAUGAUGUUAAACCAGACGGUACGGUUCGCAGUUUAUGGAGACUAUGCAGCGUUAAGCAAGUGGAAGAUUUCAAAGCAGUCAUCAGAAUCAUCCCUCUUGCGUUAGCUAUUAUAUUCUUGAGCACUCCAAUCGCGAUUCAGCUAAGCCUAACGGUUCUUCACGGUCUGGUCAUGGACCGGAGGCUUGGUUCUACAUUCAAGAUCCCUGCAGGCUCUCUCCAAGUCGUAACACUUCUCUCCACUUGCCUGUUUAUCAUAGUCAACGAUCGGUUUCUCUACCCGUUUUACAGAAAGCUAACCGGAAAGUUCCCAACGCCGCUUCAAAGGGUGGGAAUAGGCCAUGUUUUCAACAUUCUAAGCAUGGCCUUGGCUGCUUUAGUUGAGGUAAAGAGAUUGAAGAUAGUAGAGGAUGGUCGUUUUCUUGAAUCAUCAUCUGUUGCUGACAUGUCUGCCUUGUGGCUAUUCCCUCCUCUAGUCAUAGUUGGAAUCGGAGAGGCCUUUCAUUUCCCAGGGAAUGUAGCUCUGUGCUAUCAAGAGUUUCCGGAGUCAAUGAGGAGCACAGCGACAUCGAUUACUUCGGUGGUGAUUGGGAUAUGUUUCUACACAAGUUCUGCUAUAAUCGAUUUGAUUCAGAGGACCACUGAGUGGUUACCAGAUGAUAUUAAUUACGGAAGAGUUGAUAAUGUGUACUGGGUUUUAGUCAUAGGAGGAGUCUUGAAUCUUGGCUAUUUUCUUGUGUGUUCUUGGGUUUAUAGAUACAGAAACCUCAAGGAUGAUGAUCAUGAGAAAGAUGUUGAUGUAUCUCCCUCAUGAUCCUACAUGUUCUUUGUUCAAAUCAUCUGCAUUUCUAC